AUCUGAAACUACGAAGUCCUAGAAGUGUUUACCUUCUUCCGCAUUGCCAGAGAAAGCGAAAAGACAAACAUUCAGUCUUGUAAACAUCCAUGUGUCACUUACUGUUAUAGAUAUAAAACAACCGGUACCAUAAGCCUCUUUAUGUUUGAUAAUCAGUCCUUUUCUACAGGUUCGCCGUUUCUUCUGUGAAAGUCUGUUUCUGUUCCCCAGUUCCUGCUUCUGGAUGAAUGCAGAACUAUUACAAAGCAUUCAGGAGCUCAAGUGACUUCAGAUUGAAUGGAAUGGCUUGAACAUGUCAUAUGAGAGCACAUAUUCACGUAUGAUUGCCCGUAUUUGCGUAAACAAUGGCAGACAGUGGAGCAGAGCUCGUGAAUCAAGGAUUCGCGAAUCUCGCCAAGGUAUUUGAGAUAAUUUCCCAGGCUGGUCAGGAUCGAUGGGUCAGCCUGACGUUCAGAAUAGUCCACACAUGGGCAGAGGAAAUGGUGAAUGCCAUGUGCUUGAUUCUCCUGAAGAGGAUUGGAGAGGCGCACACUAAACUAACGGCUAACAGUGACAGCAGCGUUGGAAAAUACUUAGCCGAAAUGGUCAAAAUGCACGGAGAACGUGUGAACAGUAGCCACUUUGGUGGUUUUAACUCAACAGACACCAAUGCAUUAUUGGAUAUCGCAAGAAUUUUUGCCGUUUUGGUGCAGGAGAGAUUGUGCGAUAAAUCGCUACGCGAUCAAGCGUACCGCAAAGCUCUUGCGUCGAGCAGAAUGGCUGGUUUGCUAUCUUUAGACGUCGAGGAGGAAGUAAAGCAAGUCUGCGGGCCUGACGUUAUCAAUGAAUCCAAUGCCGAACUUCCUACCGAAAUGUACAAUUUGACGUCGCUAUGUCGAAGCAAUGGCCCUCCAUCAUCUCAGCAAUCAAACUUGGAUUACAGUAUCCAAAUUAGCUCGCCAACUACUACAGAAUCCAAUAUGGAAGAAUCAAAGCCGAUGAGUCUACGAACACCAACAGAUGGUGAAAGUACAACCAAUCAAGACCGACUACAACAUAUUUGCGCAAAGAACCAGCUUCCGACAGUGGAAGUCAAUGACGCGACAAAGUCGAAGCAGUGUCUAGACCGCAAUGGAAGCUCCCAACUUGUGACAUCCAAAAACACGAAUCUCAAUUUUGCGUCCGCCCCAAACGACGGUGAGAAACUUCGAGCUCAACCGCUAAACGCUAACGAUCACAAACCGACAACUCAACCUAACAGUUUUAGCUCUCCAGAACCAAGUCAAAGCGACGUAGAAGAAAUGUUUUACGACUUUGUGAUCCUACACGAAGCUGAAGACGCAGACGAGGCGCAAAGACUCAAGGACAAACUUGAGCGUAUAACUUCUGGAGUUGGUGCGACAUUUUCCGACGACUUCGCGCAACCAGGAUGGUCAACUUUGCGAUGUAUGGAGGACGCCAUCGAGAAUUCAGCGUUCACGCUGCUGCUGCUCACCCAGAACUUCAACUCCAACCUCGGCGCGACUAGCGCCGAUUCUGCAAUCGUGAAUUCGCUGGAAAACCACCACAAAAUGAACUCCGUAAUUCCGCUGCUACCUCGCAAGAACUGUUUGUUGCGCAAAAGUUUUCCGUUAGUGCUUCAGACGAAGGUCCCUCUCGAUGAAAGCAGCAGAAUGUUCGAACGCAACGCCCGAAAGGCCAUUGCACCAGAAAAAGUAGCAACUCAAAAGAAGAUUUGGAAUAUCAAACAGCAUCGUAAGAAACUAGUCGAGGAACAGAAGAGAAUACAAGAGGAGAACGCCGUAAAAGUGGAGCUGCAACGAGAGAUGGAAAAAUUAACGCGACUGAGACUAGGAAGCGAAAUGCAGCAAAAUAACAUGUUUUAUCCGCAAUCUGCACCAAUGCAUCCACCUCCGUCGCAUGGAGCGAUGCAUCCGCAACACGCCGCAUGGCAGCAGCAACAACCGUCGUGCAUCCACAUCGAGAACGCACAAAACGUUAUGAUCGGAGGUCACUCAACGAUGAAUAUUGACCAUGCUAAAAACUCGGCCGAUGAGUUUGAUUUUUAAACCUGGUGUUUUAAGUGUGUUUUCACUAAAAUAGGUGUUGUGAGAAAUCACACGUGAUUCUGGGAAAGAACUCUUAAUUUAGCCAAUCAGAACACUCUCUGCCUGUCAAUCUUUUUAAACGCUCAUGUUAGUUGACAUCUGGUUGGCUGAUGUGUUUUUGGGGGCGGGGUUGGGUGAAGGCCUGAUCAACUACAGCUACCAACUUAAAAAGAAAAGAAAAAACAAGACAUAGUGUUUUAUAUCAUUGUAUUAAUUCAACGUUAGGGCUGUCUGUAAGUUUUAUGGUGGUUUAUAGUUCUCAAUUAAUUUAAUUUUUUUGGUACUUUGAGUAAGCUUAACUUCCAUGUUCAACAUAAUUCAUAUGUUCACUAUAAUUAAGGUUUGCUUUAAAAAUUAAGUUGAUACAGAAAUGAAAAACGUCAACUGAAAGCAAAAUGUCUAUUGUGUUAAUGUAAGGAAAAAGGUUGUAUAAAAUAAUAAAAUCAUUGCCAUAUGACAGCAAGGAAUAUAUUUACAUUUUUGUAUUGUUAGUUUUCUUAUGACAAAACAAUGAUAAAUUAUUCUGUAUUACUGUGCUUGAGGGGAAAUAUUUGAAUAAAAAUAAGCUU